AUGGCAACCUGUGGUAACAAGACAACCAAGAUCUGGGACAUCAGAACAGGGCAAGUGGUCCACAGCCUCGUGAGCCCGCCGCGUCCGCUGAGUAUGGAAUUCGAUGGAGAUAUGCUCGUUAUUGCAAGUCGCAAUAACUGCAUGGAUACUUGGAUAUUGGGUCAUAACGUCCAACCCGAGUCGGUGCGGAGACCAUGGGGCGAUGCCAAUACACCAGAGACGAACCGAAUACCUCUGCGCGGGGUUCCGUGCGCCCUAACCCUCUCUAUCAGCCAUGGUAUGCUUGCUGUCGCCUAUAAUGGACAACCCAUUAUUCUAUGGGAUAUGGAAGAGGACACUUAUGCCGGUAACUGCGGAAAGAAGCUCUCAAGUGGGGAGACAUCCACGCAUGUCGUCGUAGCGCUUGCGUUUAACCUCAAUCCCGACAUAGGCCUUCUUGCAGUCGCAUAUCUCGACGGUGAUCUCGCCCUCCUUGACCCUUAUACCGACCGACAGCUGGAGUGUUUUCGUGCCAACUGCCAAACCCUCGCCCCAAGCCCCAAUGGACGUUUUCUUGCAGCAGGUUGUGCCAAUGGAAUUAUCCAUGUUUACGAAUUUGAUACGUUUAAACUCCUCUAUAGGGUCAAGUCAAGCAACUCAUAUAUCAAGCAACUUGCUUUCUCCAAGGACAGUAUGCUACUUGCCGAUAUACGAGGUAGUCAGUGCACUGUCUGGAAACCUGAGGCACUGUUGCGGGAGUCCCUGAGCGAUGACAGCAGUGGCCUUACUUCUGCGACAUUAAUUGAGACGGUCUCCCUGGAGGCGAAAGCGAAGGUCACUUGUAUGGCGGUCCAUCACAAGUCUACGGUCAUCUUUUGUGGGAAGGAUGAUGGGUCAGUCGUGCUCUAUGAGCGAAAAACAGCAGUAAGUUUGGGGAUCCUCUACAAGCACAAAUCUCCAGUUCGUUUGUUGGUUUGGAUUGAAAAAAGAGAUGCCCUCCUCAGUGUCGAUGCUUCCAAUCGGAUUUUUUCAUACAGGAUCCAAAAGUCAACGGACAAAGGCUGGCUCACUGAUCCAGUAGUACUCUUCAAGACCCGCCUCGACUCUGAGAAGGCAAUUACAGAUGUCUCAAUAGGAGAAGCCGCGGCCAAGUUCCUGGUGUCAACUCGUGAGUCUGAUCAUCUGUUCGACUUGAAUGACGGCAAGAGUGAGAUGGAGCGAACAUAUCCCCAAAUACCAGGCACCCGGAAAUGGUUCCCUCAUCCGCAAUCCUCCCAGCAUCUGAUCUGCGUAGACAAUGUCAAAAUAUGCGCCCACAACUGGUGCGACUUGACUGAAGUCUCUUCAAUGAAAUUUUUAUUGGACGACCAGACGGGAGAACUUACAAAUGCGACCUUGUAUUCACUUGGUCAAAAACACAGAAUCAUGCUCCAUUUGGCGCAUCCAAGAAGUUCCAUAAAAACCAACAGAAUUGCUAUCAUCAACUUGGACCGUCUUCCUGUCGAAGGCAGCGACCCUAGCUUCUCACAAAGGAAGCAAACAUAUGCUCUGGCGACGUUUGAUCAAUCUACCACUGAUGACGACAAGGGAGAUGUUGUCAAGCCGUCAAACCUGGCCGCUGCACUUUGUUCAAGUGUGACUCAAUUCGAACUCAAUAUUGCUCAUGUCAUAGGGGUCGAUGACUCAAGCAAACUCAUGUUCCUGAACCAGUCUUGUUGGAUAUGCUCCGUUGAUCUCAGCGCCAGCGGGUUGGAGAUUACACAGCGUGAAGACGAAUCUUCGAUAGCAGUCUUUGAGCACUUUUUCAUUCCGCACGACUGGUUUGCUGGGAAAAAAGACAUUGUUUGUACCUUAGCAAAGGGAGAUGUUGCGCUAACUCGGGGCGGCGACCUGGCAGUAAUCCGGGGUGGUGUUGAGUAUAACGAGGCCGCAUUUCGUACGGUGGUCUGGACUGCGACGUAA